AUGCCUAUGAAACGGAAUACAGGAAGCCCGAUCCAGGAUGGACAAUUUCUUCAUGUUCAUUCACCAUCAACCAAUAAUUGCUGCAGUGCAUCCGAGGAGCUCAUGCACACCACCUUAUCUAACGAAAAAUUACGCAGUGCUUUCCAUGGACAUUCAAUCUCAAAGUUUGACGAGGAAGGUGAUUUGGGAAUUAAAUCAGAAGCAGAUGACAGCAAUGAGACCCCAUCUUCUGAGGAGGACCAGGACCUCCUGGAGUAUUCUAAAGAUUUGGCUUUCAACCAGACGACCCAGAGGAAAAGCAUCACUCAGAUCAUCAAGGACAAGAAGAAACAGACUCAUUUGACCCUUCAAUGGCUGGAUGAAAACUACACUGUUUGUGAAGGGGUUUGUCUGCCACGUUGCAUCCUGUAUGCUCACUACCUAGACUUCUGUAGGAAGGAGAAACUGGAUCCAGCCUGUGCUGCUACAUUUGGCAAGACAAUUAGGCAGAAAUUUCCACUUCUUACAACAAGAAGACUUGGGACCCGAGGUCAUUCAAAAUAUCAUUAUUAUGGGAUUGGCAUCAAAGAGAGCAGUGCCUAUUAUAACUUGGUGUACUCAGGAAAAGGCUUGACGAGAUUUUCAGGGAGCAAACUCAACAAUGAGGGAGGGUUCACUCGGAAAUACUCCCUCAGUUCCAAAACAGGAACUUUGCUUCCAGAAUUCCCAAGUCCACAGCAUCUAGUGCUUCAAAGUUCCAUCUCUAAAGAGAAGGUGGACACGCUCAUCGUGAUGUACAAAACACAUUGUCAGUGCAUCCUGGACAAUGCCAUCAAUGUCAACUUCAAAGAGAUACAGAAUUUCCUGAUGCAUUUCUGGCAAGGAAUGCCCGACCACCUCUUACCCCUGCUGGAGAACACCAUUAUCGUGGACAUCUUCUGUGUGUGUGACUCUAUACUAUAUAAGGUUCUGACAGAUGUCCUGAUCCCUGCUACGAUGCAGGAGAUGCCUGAAAGUCUCCUGGCAGACAUCCGUAACUUUGCCAAGCACUGGGAACACUGGAUGGUGUCUUCUCUGGAAAACCUCCCAGAAUGCCUCUCAGAGAAGAAGCUCCAGAUCGCACGCAGAUUUGUGUCCUCUCUAAAACGUCAGACCUCCUUCUUACACCUUGCCCAGAUUGCAAGACCAGCUCUUUUUGACCAGAAUGUGGUGAACUCAAUGGUGGUGGAUAUAGAUAAAGUGGAUUUGAACAGCAUAGGGUCACAAGCCCUUCUCACCAUCUCAAGUGGAGACCAAGACUCUGACCUCUACUCUGAAUAUGACUCAAUAACAGUGUUCCAAGAGCUGAAAGACCUACUGAAGAAGAAUGCCACUGUGGAAUCCUUUAUCGAGUGGCUGGACACUGUUGUGGAGCAGAAAGUCAUAAAGCCUGGGAAGCAGAACGGACGGUUCAUAAAGAAGCGAGCUCAGGACUUCCUCCUCAAGUGGAGUUUCUUUGGAGCACGUGUUAUGCACAACCUCACAUUGAACAACGCCACCAGUUUUGGUUCGUUCCAUCUCAUCCGCAUGCUGCUGGAUGAGUAUAUCCUACUGGCUAUUGAGACACAAUUCAACAACAACAAAGAACAAGACCUUCAGAAUCUCCUAGAUAAGUACAUGGGAAAUGCAGAUGCCAGCAAGGCGGCAUUCACUGCCUCCCCCAGCUCCUGUUUCCUGGCCAACCGUAACAAGCCCAGUGCGGUGUCCAGUGAUCUGUCUGUGAAGAACGAGUCCCUCUUAGAACACGCAUACAUGACCCUGUCAGCCAAUCAUCAGCAGGCUCCGGGAGCAAACAUGGUCAUCUACCAGGGCUCUGAAACCGAUGGAUUCUGCCUAUCAGGACAAAUGGACUUUUCCCAGAACAGUGGCCCUCUGAUGACCCCUCCCAUCUCCCCAGCCAUGGUGAACAGGGACAGUGUCAUCAACCAGGGCACCAUGGCCCUCAGACCCCAGAGCGCCUGCACCACCAUCCAGCCCCACAUCUCCUGCCAAGCCUUCCCAGACACCAUGUACCAGAGCCUCCCUCCCAGCAGCCCCAGCUACUACCCCACCACCUCCAACUACCAGGCUGUGUUCAGGCCCCAGACACACGCCCAGGCCCCUGCCUACCUCACCCGCUCUGACAGCAGCCACUACCCGUCCUUCAGUGAACAGCACCUGGCCAAAGACUACUUCAAUAGCAGCUGUGCAGUGUCCCCCUACAGCUCCAGACACACCUCCAAUUACAGCACAGUCCCUGAUCCUGGGAUGGAGACCCAGGGGGUUGAGCUACUGGACUCUGUAGGAUACAACUUUGAUGGGAGUGGGUUAAACAGUCGUGGCUGUCAGGAGUCUGCCUACUCAGCAGCAGGACACAAUGGGUACUACGGAAACAGUAGCUACCUGGAUAGCCAGAGGCUGGGUUCCAUGAUAGACCAGCAUGUGUCAGUUAUCAGCAGUGUGAGCAGUAUCCGCUCAGUCCCAGUGUACGGUGAAGUACACGACCCCCUCAACAUCCUGGAUGACACGGGCAGGAAGACGGCUGGGCCUUACUACACCGAGUCUGACUCACUGGGCUCCCACACACCUGGAGCUCCUACCCUCCCCUCCUCGGUCUCUGCACCAUGCAUGUACGGAGGUCCUUCCCAGUUCCACUCCCAGGAUGCACUGCUUCCUCACCGGGCACCAUCUGAGGUACGGGACAUGAUGUCAUCGCUGCCCCCCAUCAACACUGUGUUCAUGGGGUCUAGUGGAGGAGGAACAUGAGCCGUGACUGUCCCUCCCACCACCAACACUCCUCAAGCUCCUCCCACACC